AUGAGUUGCUUCCCCUGCUGGAGCCCUCGCCAUGGGGGAUCCGCAGGUGGCAUCGACGACAGCUCCGGCGCCCGCUCCAAAACCCACUUUCUCGCGACCAACCCCGCCGCCCACGACGGUACGCUCACGCCCUCUCCCUCCUCACCAUAUCCCUCUUCUUUUGCAGGAAAUCGAAUGAAAUUUGUGAAGACCGGCCUUCGCUGCUUUUGAUGGACAGACUGCGGGAGGAGGAUAUCUUCUUCUUCUCCCUUCGACGAUCAGAGGAGCGGGAAGGCUCAUAGGUUUACCUUCCGGGAGCUCGCCGCCGCCACGCGCAACUUCAAAGAGAGCAAUCUUCUGGGAGAAGGCGGUUUCGGGAAGGUUUUCAAAGGUCGCUUGGAGUCGGGCCAGGCAAGUUCCUCUGAGAUUUCUUCCUCCAUAUUAUCUCCCCGAUUCGAGCCCAGAUCCUUGCUCGUUCUUCGUCUUCUUGCCGUAGCGUAGGUUUCCGGGGUCUGAUUUCCGCUGCGUUCUUCUGAUGAGCAGGUAGUCGCCAUUAAACAGCUCAACAGGGAGGGCCUCCAGGGGAGCAAGGAAUUCAUAGUAGAGGUUCUCAUGCUGAUCGUUCUUCGGCAUUCCAACCUCGUCAACCUCAUUGGGUUCUGCGCUGACGGCGAUGAGAGGCUCCUGGUUUACGAGUACAUGCCUCAGGGUAGCUUGGAAAGCCAUCUCUGCGGUAAGCUUCCUUUCCACAGACUGAAGAUUACAUUACGGACGCUCUUUUUCUGCAUUAUCUUUUAUUAUGCACUGAUUGUUGCUACUUUUAGUUAUAUUAUCUGGACUUCAUUUACCUCUUAAGAUCGAUGAGAUCUACAAUGUGAUCUAUACUGGAUCGCAUGAUUAUCUAUCUUCCAUUAAAUGGUCUGCAAUGUGGUAAGAAAUUUAUCAUUAAAUAACAUGAGUGAAUACUUGGAGAUCUAAUAAUGAUGAACCCUAAUAAUUCAUUCAAAUCAGAUUCGAAGGAGACCCUCUAAUGAACUUGGAUCAUCGAGAGUUUCCUACUCUGAAAUGAUUUAAGGCCGCCAAAAAAUACUAGAACAACUAGGAAUGAAGAACCCUAAUAGUUCAAUCAAGAGUCAACUUUGAUAGAGACCCAUGAAUCAAAUAUAAACCUCGAGUGUUUCCUGUUCUAAAAUGGUUCCGGCCGCAGAUAUAAUGGGAAUCAAACACCUCACCCACUUACUUGUACCUGCUUUCCAAGGGGUUUAUCUGCAUUUGGGGUCUCAGUCCUCUAAGUUACUUCAUGUCGGAGACCUGGAAUCCAUGAGAUGCUACGUUUUUGGCAGGUCUGCACCCUGAGAGAGAACCGUUGGGGUGGAAUGCACGGGUGAAGAUAGCCCUCGGUGCGGCAAAAGGGCUUGCAUAUUUGCACGACGUGGCGAACCCGCCGGUUAUAUAUCGUGAUUUGAAGUCGGCAAAUAUCUUGCUGGACGACGAGUUCAACCCGAAGCUCUCUGACUUUGGUCUUGCUAAGUUUGGGCCUGUCGGCGACAACACCCACGUCUCGACGAGGGUCAUGGGGACGUAUGGCUACUGUGCUCCUGAGUAUGCCAUGAGCGGGAAGCUUACCACCAAGUCAGAUGUUUACAGCUUCGGGGUUGUCCUCCUGGAGCUGGUCACUGGACGGAAGGCCUUCGACUGCACAAAGGGGCCCAGAGAACAAAGCCUGGUGUCAUGGGUAGGCCAUCUACACUCGCAGUUCUUCCCAUUUUAGUACUCAGCUUUCAGUUUUCAUCGUUCCUCAUCGAUUGAAUUAUUUUUAUUAAAGAAUUUUGUGGUGAUCCUGUAGAUAUGUUAUCUCGGUCUAUAUAUGCCGCCCUUCGUGGCAUCCAAUCGAUGGAAUGGCACGAGAUGGGUUUUUUUUCUCCCCUUUUUUGAAUGAUCGGGUGCAAGAUUUUCGCUUCUGGUGAUGAACGACGUCUACAUCGUGACGAUGGCCUCUGAACGUCGCUUUCUGAAAUGUGGGCGAACCUCUUCGUUUUCAGUCGCAGCCAUUCCUCAGCGACAGGCGGCGGUACCCUCAGCUGGCGGACCCAUCGCUGCAGGGACAGUUUCCGGGGCGGCCCUUCCACCAGCUGGUCGUCAUAACCUCGAUGUGCCUCCAGGAGCAGCCCCACGUCCGUCCCAUCAUGCGGGACGUGGUUGUCGCCCUCAAGCACGUCGCCUCGCAGCCAUACAAGCCAAGAACCAGCGGCGAGAUUAGCGGCUCUCCAUGGCGCUCGCAGGUUCCCCCUUAA